UUUUCAUAUCUAAUAUCAACAUGUGGCUGUUUUUCUGUGCACUACAAGCAGAUUGUUCUGUUUUGUAGAAAGUCCAGAUGUCUUGUUGCAUGUAAAACCUCAAACCAACCUGAGUGUGUUUUCUCUUUAGUUCUGACCUCACUGCUGAGCUGCACAACAAACCAAGCCUCUCUGACUGUGAGUCCCAGCAGCUCUCAGUUUUUCAGCUGGAAGUCUGUCUCUCUGAGCUGUGAGGAGGACGACAGCUCUGCUGGAUGGACGCUGAGGAGGAACACAACCAGAGGAACCAGGACUCAAUGUGGAGCUGGCUGGGGAAGAUCAGCUGGUUCUUCUUGUAACAUCAGCUUCAUCCUGCCAUUGGACAGUGGAGUUUACUGGUGUGAGUCCAGAGAGGGAGCAACCAGUAACACCAUCAACAUCACUGUCACUGGUGGACCAGUGAUCCUGCAGAGUCCUGUCCUCCCUGUGAUGGAGGGACAUGAUGUCACUCUGCACUGUAAAACAGAGACCCCUCCCUCCAACCUCCCAGCUGGUUUCUAUAAAGAUGGCUCCCUCAUCAGGACUGAGCCUACAGGUCACAUGACCAUCCACCAUGUUAACAAGUCUGAUGAAGGCCUCUACAAGUGUAACAUCAGCGGUCGUGGAGAGUCUCCAUCCAGCUGGAUCUCUGUCACAGGUGAAGAGGCCUUUGAUUUCAGGACUUAUUUCAUCCAGAGAUUCACCUGA